GUGGGCGUGGCCGGGGCUGACGUCACGCGUCACGUGCCGCGCACCAGGAAGUGACUGUAUCUGGACACGAAAGAAAGGAAGCGAGCGGACAGAAGAUGAGUUCAAUAAUCCCAGAGACACAGAGUAUUAAAGAAGCCGUGAUUCACAUCAACUCCAUCGACAGCAGCAAGUUCUCCAGACUUCUGUCCCGCAUUCUGCAGAAGCUCCACCUGAAGGGGGAGCGCUCCUUCAGUGAGGAGGAGGAGGAGAAGCUGCAGAGUGCUCUAUCUCUGGAGAAACACACUCUUCAUCUGCUGGUGGAAACCCUGUCCUUCAUCCUCGAGCAGGCCGUGUAUCACAACAUCAAACCAGCGUCUCUCAGACAGCAGCUGGAGAACAUCUGUGUGGAGGCGGAGAGAGCCGAGGUGUUCGCUCACGUCUGGGCUUCAGCUGCUCCAGAUGUGCUGGAGAAGAUCCGACUCGGGAUAUUUGCCCCGAAGAAGCUGGAUCACGUGGGCUGGCAGCUCUGUCUGCAGAUGGCCUCGUCGUCUCGAAGCAGACUGAAGGAGCCACACGCCGUCCUCGAUCUGGGACUCCGCACGGAGGACGACGCAGAGGUAAACACAGAGCGUCUGCAGGACGUGUUUGUGGAGUUCAGUCAUCAGGAUCUGCUGGACUUCUACAAUCAGAUGGAGAUGAUUCAGACUCAGCUGGACUCGCUCAGCUGAUACAGCCUCCGUCUGCUAUCCCAUGAUGCCUCUGGUUCAGUCGUCUCUGUCUGUGCUUGUCUCUGGACUUGUAUAUAUGAGGCUGAAGCUGUUCACCAAUGUUUCAUUAAAGAUGCUUUUCCUCUGAA